GGAUCUUUCCCUUACGUUUUCUUCUUGGCUAUUCAAAAGAGAAGCGGAAAACCUCGCUUCAUGAGCAAAUUUGCAUCGAGCGGAUCGAUGAAGCGAACUCAUUACCGAGGACACAAACAGAACACAUGGAAGCGAACGACACGCCAUGUCAGCAAGUCGCUGAACUACAAAGGGAAUACGAGCGACUCUCCUUGGAAAAAGACCAGUAUCUUCAGACCUUAAACAACAGCGAAGCCUUGAAACUACAGCUACGCGAAACGCGUAAAGAUGCCAAACAUUUGUCAAAACAAAAGAAGAAAUUGCAAGCCAUGACGGAUAUUGGGAAGCCGAGCGAGGAGACAUCAGAUCAGCCUCCUGAAGACCGGAAUCCUCGGGGAGAAAAUCCCUUUGCUCUAGAGCCGAUUCACACUGCACCGCAAGAAACAUUUCCUUCUAGAGAACAAACGUACUCUCUUCCAUCGCAAGAAAGUUUCUCCCCUCCCUCAUCUCCACAGGACUCAGGAAUGAAUGGUCACAUCUCCCCAGUCCUCCCUACUUCCAACGGAUUUGGGAAGGUUGAAAAGCCCUCCGAGUGGGGCACCUUGGAUGCGAAAACUGAAGCUAACGCUCUAAGGAUUGAAAACCGAGAUUUGGUCAGAAUGAAGAGAAAGCAGGAAGAACAGGUUCGAAACAUGUCUCAGGAGCUUGUUGUAAUGGGAACGAGAUGUAAAGAACUUGAGAAUAUUGCUCAGCGCCUUGAAGCCGAAAACCAACGCCUUUCGCAGCAAUUGGGUCUUGUACAUGGUAAUUUGCAGAGAGGUGAUCAAUAUGGUCCAAAUGAGGAGGUUCAACUGUUGAGAGCACAGCUGAAAUUAUACGAAGAUGAUUUCAAGAAAGAGCGAUCGGAGAAAGAACAGCUGAUCACACAGAAAGAACGCCUCAAGAGGGAACUGAGCGAUUCCAACGCUACUGUUGCUGGUCUGCAACGUCAGCUAAAACAGGCUCUCAAUGGCGAAGGUGGAUAUGGUGAUCCACGCGGUGCCCGCGUGGCGAUCAUGAGCGAGCCGUACGUCGAUCCAUACGCAUUGAGGCAUCCUUUGGAUUAUGGGAUGGCACGUUCAUACUCGGGAGGGUACAUUGGUCCUGGAGCAAGCAAUACUGUGCUUCGACGCGGACAGACACCAUACCCCAAAAAGGCGUUCCUCUCACCAGAUAUGACAGCUGUCAUAGAUCGUGACGUUGUAGAUGGUCCACCCACCGGACCCCCUAAAAGCAUUUAGCGAGGAGUUAACUUUGUUUAGAGUUUUUCCAUGCCUGCUUGCGUUAUUUACAGGCUCCAUAACAAGUGCAAGUCAUCACGUAAUAAAUUGAUCAUUUUUCAUCAGCCGAUGGAGCGAAUUGUGUGAAAGAGUUUAUUUCGAGGGUGUUUUUCGAACAUUUGCGAAUCGGUUUCGCUUAUGUCGAGAUUGUAACAAAAUUAAGGGAAGAUUGUUUGUAAUGAUAUGCGAUAAGCACGAGUGAAUUCGAAACUAAUCCAUGUUACUUUAUCUCAGUUAUAUCCUUCUGUCCAAGUAGCAGUGGUUUAUAAAGCUAUUUCUUCUAAACAUAUUAACCCUGAUGAUGUCUUUUUUUUCAAAUUAGUAAAUAUUGGAGUGACGUUUUGACUCAGUACUUUCAAUUCAUCGCGACCCGUUGGUCAAGAUUAAUUUUUUUUUCUGUUGGAUAUAUUCCCUAUUUGGGUAACACUCUGAUGUUUUAUCCCCAUUAUGGCAUUGUCUCUUUGAAGUUAUAAUCUCCCUUGAAAGCAAAUUCGUUUUUAAAAGAAAGCUGCUGAUUGAGUUUCAAUAAAAUGUUAGAUUGGAUUAUUGUAGAGUAAGAAACUUUUUGUUAUAAUUUUUUUAAAUUUCAUUAAUGUAAGUAGCUGUUAACUUCCUACAAUACAGCCCAUAGCUUUUCUAUAAAUUUAUUGUCGUAGGGAAAUAUAUAGAAAGCGCAUGCUUAAACUUGGGUUGCCGCUGGCUACGUGCAUGGCUCGCUUACUGGAGUUCGUCGAAGCAAGAUUAAACGGCCCAUCAGUUAGAAGAACAUAAGUGAACGUGAAAUCCAAGCGUUUCUGAACAAGGUCCGAAUGAGCCCGUGGUUGGACGCUGGUCCAAUAGAGGUCGCAGUUGUUGCUAAACAAGGAAAUCCUACCUGGGUUUUAUAACUGAAAAUCACUUUAGACUACAAUCGUACAGUUUCAUUUAUAUCAGAUAUUAAUUUUUAUUAAACACCAAAAAAAAAUAAAUAACGUUUCUCAAAAUGUCA